CCAGGUGGCGCACAACGAAAUACCGUGAGAUAAGUGAUACCGCGAGUCAAGUGAUGUUGUGUAUAUAGAGUACAAAAGAUAAACAAAGUAAAUACAAAGCAAUUAUUUUGUUCUUUAAUGGUACCAUUUCCAUGGGAGUGUGGUUUAAACAGACUGGGCCGUAAAAGCUUGGGGCCGAAAAAGCCUGCUACCGGACCGAUAGGGCUUACACCUAACUGUCUGAAUUGGACGCCAUCUUGAAAUCACAAAGAAAGAGUGACACAACUUUAAGAUAUCAAUAAAGUAUUUACAGAAUGGGAACCAGAGUGUAUAUUGGCCGGGUAUCCAAUCAUGCACGGGAACGUGAUGUGGAGAAGUUCUUUAAAGGUUAUGGGAAAAUCAGAGACAUCAUGCUCAAGAAUGGCUAUUGCUUUGUGGAGUUUGAUGAUGACAGAGAUGCUGAAGAUGCAGUGUAUGAGCUCAAUGGAAAAGAACUGUGUGGGGAAAGGGUGGUGAUUGAGCAUGCCCGUGGCACAAGGAGGGACGCUGGUGGAUACGGGGGUGGUUACGGAGGGGGAUAUGGAGGGGGACGGUCCACGCGCAGGGACCCAUCCUGGCUAAACAAAAAUAGACGAUCUGACGGCCUUGGCGCCACGCGGUAUGGGGCCCCUAUUCGAACAGAUUAUCGUAUAAUUGUGGAAAACCUAUCCUCCAGGGCUAGUUGGCAGGAUUUAAAGGACUACAUGCGCCAAGCAGGGGAAGUCACAUAUGCUGAUGCUCACAAGCAGAGGAAAAAUGAAGGAGUGGUUGAUUUUGCUAAGAAGAGUGACAUGAAGAGGGCUAUAGAAAAACUGGACGGUACUGACAUCAAUGGACGCAAGAUCCGCAUGAUUGAGGACCGACCGAGUCAGAGACGUAGAAGUCGAAGCAAAUCCAGAGGAUCAAGAAGUCGCAGCCGCUCACGCAGUCGUUCAAGAAGUCACAGCAGGAGCAGGUCCAGGUCUCGCCGCAGCUCCAGAAGCAGAUCAAAAUCAAGGUCAAGGUCACGCAGUGGUGAGAAACGGAGGUCCAAGUCAAAGUCGAAGUCUCGUUCCAGGGAUAAGUCCCACUCAAGGUCGAAGUCAAGGUCUAAAUCAAAGUCCAAGUCUAAGUCUCCGGUGAGGAGUGGAGGAGAUGAACAGAUUCCUGUUGAGGAAGAUUGAAAUUAAAAAUAUUUGAAGUCAUAUUUUUUAUCAGACAUGCUUUUUUGUUGUUCAGACUUCGGCAUCAUUUUAACAUUAAGGUUUCCACAUGAGAAUUUUGAUUGGCAGUUUCAAGAGCUGCAUGACUCAUAAUCAUAUGUAAAUUGUUGUUUUCAUUCCUUCGUUUCAUGAAGUGUUUUUGAGUGUGCUUGACUGAGUGUGAAAGUGAAUGGUAUUGACUGUAGUUGAGUUGAAGUCAUUUUAAGUUUAGAGUUUAAAUAUUUACGCAAGUCCAGCUAGGCUUCUGUAAAUGUCUACUCCUUUAUAAUUAGUGGAAUUUUAGUUUGAAUUGUGAGUUGUAAAAUCAGUUAACCUGGUAUAUCAUGUGCGCAUACUAAAUACCAGUACUGGAUAGAUAUAAAGAAAAUGUGUCAAUAAUCCUGCAGCUGAUUAUUUCAAAAAGAACUGGCAAUGUAUUCAAAAAACUUGGUAAAGACUUGUGGUUACUUUCUCUGGAGCAAGUCCCUUUCAUUUUAGCUGAUAGUUUUGUGUGUUCACAUGAUCAGCUGUAGUGAAAAACGUAGCCUCAGGCUAGUCCUGAAAAUUUGUGGACAUUUCAGUUACAUGUCCAUAAUUGGUAAUUAUAAUGAAAUCCAUGCAACAAAAUACUAAUAAUUUAAUUCAGCUGAUUAGUGUCAAAUGAUAUUUUGUCCAACUAACGAGUCAGAUAAAACAAAUUAGAAAGGAAUCCACUUUCUGGCAAUUCACAUAAUGGCAUUCACUGGCAUUACAACUUUCUGUUACUCUAUUGUAAAAUGGAUUUGUUAGGUGUGCUAGAAUCUCUUAUCAGUUAUUGACAUUUUGUAAAGAUUUGCUUUACGAUUUGCAUAUGUUGCUAAUCAACAGAGUUUGUCAUGAUCAUAUCAGUUUAACAUCGGUGAUUUUUAUACUUGAUUUUAAGUUAAAGCUUCGCAAAUACUCUUUCUUAGUGUGGUAAUUGACAUAAUUUGCAAACUGUUUACAUGAGAUAAGUUUGAACCUAGUACAUGUAAAUUUGUAUGUCCCCUAAGGAGGGCAUUUAGUGAUCUGUCUGUCCGUCCGUCUGUCUUUCCGUCACACUUUUGCGUUAAGGUAAAAAUGCUCAUGACUUCUAUGUUGCUUUAUAUUUGGUAUGCAGGUGUAUAUGGACAAGGCCUUUCCAUACGCACACAAAAUUUGACCCCUUUGACCUUGAACUUAGGGUCCGCGUUUAGGUUUCGAAAUAUGCGUUUAGGUUUCAAAAAAUGCUCAUUACUUCUAUGUCACUUCAGAUGUAACCUUCAUAUUUGGUAUGCAUGUGUAUAUGGACAAGGCCUUUUUAUACGCACACAAAUUUGGACCCCUUUGACCUUUACCUUGAACUAAGGGUCCGAGUUUAGGUUUUGAAAUCUGCGUUUCGGUUUCGAAAAAGCGUUUUUCGGCGGCAUAUGUCUUGCGAUGGAGACAGCUCUUGUUUUCAUCAUAAUGUACUGAUUUUUGUUGUUGUUGCAAUUGGACUUUUUGGUAACAUAUUGUUGAAAUUAUUGUAAAUAAAACAUAAGACUUGUA